CUCAACACGAAUUACCUACCGUUUGCCUUGCAGCGGCGAUCAACUGUGGUUGCCAGCGCCGCUCCAGCGCCAGGAACCGCCAGCCGGCAAGCGGAGACUCCAUCGAGCAUCAAUAGCAGUAGGGCCAUUAACAUCAACAACAGCUUCCAAAAUAGCCCAAACAGCAGCGGAGGAGGCGGUAGCAGCGGCGAUCACCUCUCCUGGAGGCAGCCAUCCUGGCUAGAGUCCAGCGCCGGCAGCGCGGACACAGGAAUAAUGUCGAUGAACGCCACCUUCACCACACCCAGCACGCCCAGCAUUAGCAUGAGUCACCCGAUGACCGCCAAUCCUCAGCUGGUCAAGGAGGGUUGGCUGCUUAAGCGGGGUGAGCACAUCAAGACAUGGCGCCAGCGCUACUUCGUUCUACGCUCCGACGGCAGGCUGGAGGGUUACCGCAGCAGGCCGGCGGACAGCACAGCGGUUUCGGAGCCUGUGUUAAAUAACUUCACAGUAAAGGGCUGCCAAAUCAUGACCGUGGAUCGGCCCAAACCAUUUACCUUCAUAAUCCGCGGCCUGCAGUGGACGACGGUGAUCGAAAGGACAUUCGCCGUAGAAUCUGAACUGGAGCGCCAGCAAUGGACGGAGGCCAUUCGCAAUGUCUCCAGUCGGCUGAUCGAAGUGGGCGAGAUGGCCAUGUCGCCGUCGGUGCAGUCUGACAUGGCUGACGUGGACAUGGCCGGUAUUGCGGAAGUGGAGCUCUCCGAGCAGUUCUCGGUGCAGGGUACCACCUGCAACAGCAGCGGCGUCAAGAAAGUGACUUUAGAGAACUUUGAGUUCCUCAAGGUGCUCGGCAAGGGCACCUUCGGUAAGGUUAUCCUUUGCCGCGAGAAGGCCACUGCCAAGCUGUACGCAAUCAAAAUUCAAAAGGAGGUCAUCAUCCAGAAGGACGAGGUGGCUCACACCCUGACAGAGAGUCGUGUGCUCAAGUCCACAAAUCAUCCGUUCCUCAUUUCUCUUAAAUAUUCGUUUCAAACCAACGAUCGCCUGUGCUUCGUCAUGCAGUACGUGAACGGAGGAGAGCUGUUCUGGCAUCUGAGCCACGAGCGCAUAUUCACCGAGGACCGCACCCGGUUUUACGGAGCCGAGAUCAUUUCGGCCCUGGGCUACCUGCAUUCGCAGGGCAUCAUCUAUCGCGACUUGAAGCUGGAGAAUCUUUUGCUGGACAAAGAUGGCCACAUCAAGGUCGCCGACUUCGGUCUGUGCAAAGAGGACAUCACGUACGGCCGCACAACGAAAACCUUCUGCGGCACACCGGAAUAUCUAGCGCCGGAAGUAUUAGACGACAAUGACUAUGGCCAGGCUGUGGAUUGGUGGGGCACCGGCGUGGUCAUGUAUGAGAUGAUAUGUGGUCGUCUUCCGUUUUAUAAUCGUGAUCAUGAUAUACUCUUUACAUUGAUUUUGGUUGAGGAGGUUAAGUUCCCACGCAAUAUCACAGAUGAGGCGAAAAAUCUGCUCGCCGGUCUGCUGGUCAAGGAUCCCAAGAUGCGUCUGGGAGGUGGCAAAGAUGAUGUCAAGGAGAUACAAGCGCAUCCCUUCUUUGCGAGUAUUAAUUGGACGGAUCUGGUUCUGAAAAAGAUUCAGCCGCCUUUCAAGCCUCAGGUCACAUCAGAUACGGAUACAAGGUACUUUGACAAGGAGUUUACGGGAGAGAGUGUGGAACUUACGCCGCCGGAUCCUACCGGGCCAUUAGGCUCCAUAGCCGAAGAGCCGCUUUUCCCGCAGUUCAGCUACCAAGGAGACAUGGCCUCCACGUUGGGCACCUCGUCGCACAUUAGUACUUCCACAAGUCUCGCAUCGAUGCAAUAGAACAAGUUUACAAACUUUAACAAGCACACACAUCAUGUUCUGCUUCAUCACCUAUAACUAUACUAUACCUAUAACAUAUAUAGAAAUGGGCAAAAAAAGAAAAAGCAAGAAAAUAUUAAACAAUAAUUAUACGAAGAUAAUGAAGGCAAGCUAAAGGGGUUUUCUUGCUAUACGUUCUACAAACACCAAUAAUAAGAGGAAUCCAAUCGAUAGUAACUUAUUUUUUCAUAACUAGAAAGGGAGAUCGAAGCCGAGGAAAAAGUUUACAACAUAUGAUUAUACACAUAUACAUAUAUAUAUAUAUACAUCUAAAUAUAACACUUGGGGCAUCGAGCUUGAAGUGAUUAGUUAAUCUUAAACGCAAGUAAAACAUUUAAUCGAGCUGCUCCUAGGCGGUACGUCAGAUGGAAGGCAGGCGUCGCAGGCAUCGCACGCAUAAGGCCCGCUUAAUCUGAUUGAUUAUAUAGAGCAACAUAUACACGGCACUCACACACACACAGACACUUAGCUUAUAGUGAACGUGAAGUUAAGUUAACUGAACAGCAACAAAUCGAAAUACCCCCUCCCCAACACAUACACACUCGUAUAUUUACAUUAUUUAUACUCCAAAGAAGCAAGAAAAGAAAUAAUUACGAGUUAUAUUUAAUGUUAAAAUUGCCUCUUAUGUGCUGUGCUUUAUGCAAGACCACAGCAAGAACAACAUAACCGAAAUGGGAAACAAACUAAUAGGUAAUAAACGACAGAAAUGAUUACAAAAAUGCAGUUUAACAGGCGCCAGCAAUCAGUGAAUCAGUUCAAUUAAAGCUCCAAUAUCUACACACAGGCCGAAACGUAUUUCGAAAACAAUAACAAGAGCCACUAAAUAAUUACGAUGGUCGCCAUUUUUUAUUAUAAUUUUUUUACGAGAAAAUAUAUUUGUACAUAUUUAUAUAAAGAGCAUAAAA